AUGGCUACUUUAUGUAUGGUUUCAACAACUCUUUUUUACCAAAACGCUCUUAGCCACAGUUUUCGUCCUCACCGUUUUGUAUGCAAAUCCAUGACCAAAACUACGCCGGAAGCUACUUCAGUUGACCUCAGUCGACGCUCCGGCAACUAUCAACCUUCACCGUGGGAUCAUUGUUAUCUCCUCUCCAUCGAGAACAAAUAUGCGAGUGAAAGAGAAGUAGUAACAAGAGAUGUGUUGAAGAAAAAAGUGAAGAGGAUGCUUGAUGUUACACAGAGCCGUCUCGAGCAGUUAGAGCUCAUCGAUGAUCUACAAAAACUUGGGGUUUCCUAUCAUUUUGAGCUAGAAAUAAAUAACAUUUUAACAGACUUUUAUCUUAAAAAUGGAAGAAAUGUCUGGAAAUGUGACAAGGAAGACGAGUUACAUGCAACCGCACUCGAGUUCCGACUUCUUAGACAGCAUGGUUUUGAUGUCUCAGAAAAUAUAUUUGAUGUGAUCAUCGACAAGAUAGAAAGCAAUAGGUUCAAGAUCGAAAAUAUAACAAGUAUAAUUUCUUUGUACGAAGCCUCGUUUCUCUCAACCAAAGCGGAUACAAAAUUGCAUAAAGUCAUCAGACCUUUUGCGACAGAUGAAAUAAGGAAAUAUGUUGAUGAUGAUGAAUCAUACAACAUGGAGAUAAGAGAGAAGGCGAUUCAUGCGUUAGAAAUGCCAUACCAUUGGAGAAUGAGAAGGCUAGAGACGAGAUGGUACAUAGACGCAUACGAGAAGAAAAUUGGCUUGAAGGAUCUUGUCUUGAUCGAAUUCGCCAAAAUCGAUUUCAAUAUCGUACAAACCACUCAUCAAGAAGAUCUCAAAUACGUUUCAAGCUGGUGGAAGGGUACAUGUUUGGCUAAUGAACUUCCCUUUGUAAGAGAUAGAAUUGUCGAGAAUUAUUUUUGGACUGUUGGAUUAAUAUACGAACCACAAUUUGGAUAUAUCCGACGUAUCAUGACUGUAGUUAAUGUGCUUGUUACAACCAUUGACGAUAUCUAUGAUAUCUAUGGCACUCUUGAAGAACUUGAACUCUUCACUUCCAUAGUUGAAAGUUGGGAUGUAAAUCGUCUUGAUGGGCUUCCCGAGUACAUGCGGUUGUGUUUUCUUGUUUUGUACAAUGAAAUCAAUGGCAUUGGAUAUGAUAUUCUCAAAUAUAAAAAUAUUGAUGUCACCCCAUUUCUCAAGAAAUCGUGGGCAGAUUUAUGUAAAACAUAUCUAGUGGAAGCAAAGUGGUACAACAGAGGAUACAAACCAAGUGUGGAAGAAUACAUGCAAAAUGCUUGGAUUUCAAUCUCUGCCCCAACAAUAUUGAUUCACUUUUACUGCUGCUUCUCUGACCAAAUCUCAGUUCAAGACUUGGAGGCUUUGUCUCAACACCGACAACACAUCGUCAGGUGCUCCGCCACUGUCCUUCGUCUAGCUAACGACCUUGGAACAUCGUCGGAUGAAUUGGCGAGAGGAGACGUACUCAAAUCGGUCCAAUGUUACAUGCAUGACACCGGAGCUUCCGAGGAAGAGGCACGCGAGCACGUACAUCAGAUGAUUAUUGACACAUGGGACGAUAUGAACUACGAAACCAAAGAAACGGCACGUCGUUCACCGUUGUUUUCUCGAGGUUUUAUGGAAGCUGCGAUGAACUUGGCACGCAUGUCGCAAUGCAUGUAUCAAUACGGUGAUGGUCAUGGAUGUCCGAGCAAAGCCAAAACCAUUGAUCGUGUCGAGUCCUUGCUCGUUGAUCCAAUCCCAUUAAGUUAGAUUAUUUACACUCUUUUAAGUUGCUGCUAUCAAACUUCCACCACUCUUUGAUUGUUAUUUAGUACCAAGAAACAGAGGAUGCUCUGUUUUGUUCUGUGUGCC